GUCUUUCUCACAGAUCGACUGUCGCCUUCCCACUACAGUUGACCGUCGCCAUGUAUCCAUAUACCCGCUCUCACCCAUCAACAACAACAACACCACCACUCUCCUCCCUCACACUCCUCCUUCUCCUCCUCGCCCUCUCAGCAACAACCCGCGUCUCUGCAACAUCCACCCAAAACGCAACAUGCUACUGGCCCAACGGCGACACCGACACCGACUACAUCCCCUGCCCGAACAGCAAAACAUGCUGUCUGCGCGGCGAAGCCUGCCUCUCCAACGGCCUCUGCUACGGUCCGAAACUCAACAUCGCCUAUCGCGGCGCCUGCACCGAUGACUCGUGGCCGAUUAGCGAGUGCCCGCGCGUGUGUUAUGAGGAAAUCCCAGACCAAUGGGCCAACCUUUUCUCGUGUCCGAAUUCCUCGACCAAUGUGUUCACCUGUGGCUAUGCGGGGUGGGCGACCGAUGUCUGCGAUACGAAUCUGGGCACCUGGCUGUGGGAUAGUGGGAAUGUGACCGUGGGGCAGAAUGGGAUGGCCGGGUUGUCGACGACUACGACGACGAUCACGACGAAUUGCUCGGCGAAUGGCUCCACGACGACGGAGACGGUCAUGGGUUAUACCACUGGCGGUAAUAAUUUGACUGCGUUCCAGUCGGAGUCGGCGCGGUCGUCGAAGGGGAUCUCCCCUGUGGCGCUGGGGACUGCGCUGGGCGCGGGUCUCGGGGUGCCUCUGCUUGUUGUUUCGGCUUUUCUGGUGUACUUUUGUGUCAGGAUGCGAAGACGGUUGCAUGCGGCGGGGAUUGAGGGCCAUGAGAAUCCGCGACGCGUACCGUAUCGCCAGCAUAGCGUAGCAGAAAUAGCUACCCAAGCACAUAAUAUGGCGACUGAGCUGGAUGGAUUCAGGCCGAGUCGUGCGGAGCUGUAUGGAUGAUACUGUCUGGUGAGAUGUUGAUUGACGGAUGGAUCUAAAGACCAG